UUUCUUUCUCCAAAGACAUGAGUAAGUACUGAUCAUUAGGCCGCUCGUGAUCAUCAAGAUCAGUUGUCUUCUCUCGCUAGCCAUCUGCGUGCUAGCUAGUUUCUUGUUGCUAAUUCCUCUAGCUAGCUAAAACAUGAAGCAAAAGAUAGUUAUAAAGGUGCAAAUGACCUGCGACAAAUGCCGAACCAAGGCCAUUAAGAUUGCGGCCAAAUCAUCAGGUACUGUGAUAUCGGUGGGAAUAGAAGGGGAAGAUCAGUUGGUGGUAAUUGGCGAAGGUGUUGACUCCGCUUGUUUGACCCGUUCCCUGAGGAAGAAGCUUUGCUAUGCCACUAUAUUAACUGUUGAAGAAGUAAAGCCGCCGGAGGAGGAGAAGCCCAAGCCGGAGGAGGAGAAGAAGCCCAAGCCGCCUGAACCCACGGCCUGCCAUUGUCUAUGCCCACCACCACCACCGCGUCCCAUGUACUGCGAAGUCGUCUACCAUGAUCAAAAUCCAAAUUCCUGCCUCACCAUGUGAACACCCAGAUUAAAUAUUGUCUCUCUCAUGAUUAUUUAAUAUUUGCAUCCCCGAUGUUAGAUUGCA